UUCAAGAAUUGCAAUAUUUAAGAAUACGAGUGCAAAAACGUUCUAUGUAUAAUUGCUCGCAUAAAUUCCUUGGAACAUAAAUUGUGUGUUAAUUUGGUCAUAGUUUGCUGCGUAGUUCAUGCUGCUUAAUUUAAAUUAAACCACAAGCAAGCAAUGAGCAAAAAGUCAAUGUUCUGUCAGAAGUUGCAAUUCCAAUUCCAUAUUGCGUGAGAAUUAAUAAACUUGGCAAGAUGUCGAUGCCGUCGACGAAUUCAGCAGCGACGCCCAAGCGAAUUAUCAAUAAAAUACCCUUGGAUUUUAACAAAUUAAAAAAAGCCGGCUUGGAUAGAAAACUGGCAGAAGCAUUGGGUAAACAAAACUUAACUCCAAAAAGAGAUGCUACCUUGACAACGCCAGCAUCCGAGGCGGCAACAACGACAAGAACGUCAGUGUCUACAGUGCCCUCUGCCCCGAGCGUUGGUGCAGCGCAGUCAACAACAGAGUCUGCUACCACAGCUACACAACAACAAAAGCCACAACUUGAGAUACUUAAUGCAAAAAUUGCGAAAUCAUUUUCCAAAAAUGUUGUUGCUGUGAAUGAGCAGACGCUGCAUAUAAAGGCGCUCCUAAAAAAUCGAAUACUGAGCAAAGCCGCUGCUCGUUUGUCAGAUGGUGCUGCUACAACACCAACGAUAGCAACAACUACUACUAAUGCAAACAACAGCUCAGCUGCGUCAACAUCUUCUGGUGGCUUUAAUGGAUCUGUAACCAAAGCUGAUUUAACAACGCGUCAGCAACCAUUGGUGCUAAAUUUGCUAAAUCAAUUGCCCAAGCAGCGUGCUACAUGUGGGAAAUCGAGUUCAAAACGGAAGGAGCAGCCUCCGCCCGCAGCGGAAAGAGGCGUUACACCUGUUGUAAAAAGAGCAUCCUCAAGUCCAGCAAAUCCGCCAACAGUCGUAGCAAAGUCACCGCCACCGGCACCACUUAUUGUGCUUGAGAAUAAAGUGCUAGCGCCCGAUGAAAAAAUAGAUUUGCGUAAUCUACAUUUGCCAGCCUCCACGCCGCUCAAGAAGAUAAUAAAUUUGCCCAGUAAACUGCCACCAGCCCCAAAAGGAAAGGUUAUACUUAAUGCCAACAAACUAAAGAUGCCGCGUGAAAAGCUUGCCCUGUUGGCCAAAGAAAUACGCAAGCAGGCAGAGCAACAGAAGCAACCUGGGACGGCACCGCCAACUGAUGUAGUGCCCAGCUCGCCAGCAAUUCCCAAUGAUAUAAGCAUUAUUUCACCUUGCACCGAUAUACAUACCUCGCUCAUUUCCCCAGUUGAAAAAGUAAACAACACCUUUUCGCCUUCACAUGUGCCUACGUCUAUUGGACCUCGUUCCCCUGAUGAUAAGUCUUCCAGCGGUAUGCUCUCCGCAGUGGAUUUUAUAGCUCAGCUAACGGCAUCAAAGCCCAUCGACCAGACCAAUGUGUUUGAACUAUCGGCAGAGGAAGCAAUGCUGAAUGCUAAAUUUAAUUCAAUAAAAGAAACUGUAAGGCCCAAGACACCUGAGCAAGAGUUACCUAUUGGCAAAAUUCUCAAGUUGCAAGAUCUUGAUAUUUUACAUGCCACAGUCAAUAAUAACGAGCCCAAUGUUGUGCGCAUAAGUCCGAACCCCAUGAAAAUGCAAAGCAAUAGCAUAGACAAUCAGACAAUCAAUACAAGUCCUAAAAAAGAUAAUGCAAGCAGCGUCGGCAAGAAUGACAUUCCAACUGUUAAGGAAAUUAAUAAAACAGUGGGAGUACACACAGAAGAGUCUGCGGCGAAGGAAGAAAAGCUACCAGAGGAGGAGGAAAAAGAAAAGCCACAGGACAAACCGUUUCCUUAUCGAGUAAGGAAAGGUCAAGUUCAAUUGGUCCAACGUAAGAAACGACCUAUUGUAUCAAAACUACAAGAAACAAGCGUUGUAGAUAGCGAAAAGAAUAAUGUGGCAUCAACGGAAACUGCCGGUGAUAUAAGUGUAGUCAUUGAGGAACCUAAAAGUGUGGAUAAGUUACCAAAAGAUCAAGUGGAAAACAAAACCAAAAAUUCAAUCGCAAAAAGUGAAGAAAGUACAAAACAAAUGAAGAAAAUAACUGAAGAAAGUCGCAACAUCACAAUUCGAACGGAAACUCCAAAAGAUUUAUCAAAAAUUGAGAAAACAGAAAUUAAAAAUACAUUAAGUAAGUUUAAAACUGACCAAAGCAUAAAUAACAUGAAAGAGAAAAGCGUCGAAGAAACCAGAAAUAGAAAAAGCAGAAAAAGUGAUGAACAACAAGCGAAAUAUCAGGACGAAAAGCCUCAAAAAGAAGAAAUACCAAAAUCAGCUAAACAAGAUGCGAAGCCGGUUGAGAAAACUAAAGAUAAUGAUAUGGUAAAAAUAAAAGAUGAGUCUGACAAUGCGCAUGGAAGAAAUAAAAAGUUAGUCAUAAAAACUCCAGAGAAAUUUCAAAAACCAGCAGAGGUUGUGCCUAAUGAAGCUGAAGAUACGAAGGUGAGAAAAAAAUCGGGAAAAUCAAUAGAUAAUAUUUCUAUAGAAACAGCAAACAAAGCAACAGAUGAGCUUAAGAGCUACGCAUUUAAGGGAGCCGAGGAAGAAGCAAAGAAUUCCCCAGCUGAAGACACUCAUGAUGAAACGGCAACUAAAGGGAAUAUGCUGGCAGAGAAGGAAAAAGAUCUAACCCAACUCUAUCGUCCACCCAAGAUGCCUAAGCUAAAGCAAAAACUACUCAACAAAAGCAACAACAAUAAUGAAACAAAAGACGCCGUUGUAACAACUACAAGCGUAAAUUUGCUGGAAGUUUUAAGUCGAGAGGAGCCAGCAGCUCAGGGUGAAGCCAAAGUGCCCUUCAAAGUCAGCAAGCAGCCAGUGGCCGAGAAUCAACAGACUGCUGAGCCUGCACUGCCUGUGCAGCCAGCAGAGCAAACAGCUGGCAAGUCAACGACUAGAAAGAAACUAAUCAAGACGCGUCCAGUGCUCAGUGCUAAGCGACCCGCCAAGCCAGCUGCGGAGGCAGUGCAUCCCAGAAAGCGUGCACUGCUGGCCGAAAGCAAAGCGAAAAACGGACAGCGCGUAACCACAUCCAGCACCAGUGAUGAUGAUGGACUUAUGUUUCAUGGGUUUGAUGAAGACCUGAGCAAUAGCAGGCGGGUCAAGCAGCUCAAGUCCCAGGAGACGGAUAUAAGCGAUGAUACGACGCCGGAUUGUGAUGAAACGGAGGAGGAGCCGCUUACAACAGCAGCUGAGCACAAGGAGCAGCCGAAACCAAGUGUCUGUGAUGUGAGUGUCGAGGAUGCGCAGUGUAAUCUCAGGCUGCUCAGUGAUGUGGCACUAGAGAAGACUACAACAAGGCGUAAUAACAAACGAGGCAAAGACCACGAAGCAGCAAAAGUGACAAAGGCAGAGCAGGUAAAAUCCCAGCAAGAGACAACUAAGGAAGAGCAUUUAGAGUUGGCCAAAUUGAAGCCACUGACAACAGUGAAUCAAAGAAGCACACGCAAGAGCCUAAAGCCGCCGCUGGCAGCAACACCAACAGCUGAGACUGAAGCUGCGGAAGUGAUAGAAGAGCCAGCAACGGCCAAGCGCAAAAGCAAACGCGGCACUAAGGAGACACCAGAGGUGCAGCUCAAUGCUGAGGAGACGACGCAGUCUAAACGUCAGACCAAACGGAAAAUUUCCACAGCUGAGCUUGACACAAGCGCAGCUGAACUCAAACCAAAGACUGAAACACGUCGUGGACGGCAAAGCCUACCCGCCGUAAGUGUAGUCACGCCCCAAGAGACAGCCACACCCAACGACACAUCGUUGUCUGCGCCCAAGAAGCGUGGACGAAAAUCUGCCAAUGAGCUUUUUGCCAAGCGUUUAAAAACGGAGAACAAUGCGAUAGAUACCAUGCCUGGCUGGCCCGACUGCAGUGGCUUUGACUUGCGAUUGCUGCUCAUCACCCAGCGGGAGCAGCUGGAGCUGCAGGUCGAGCAGCUGCGUCUGGAUGGGCAAGGAGAGGGUAGCGACCAGUGCGGUCUGUGCUUGAAGCGCUGCAACAAGGCGCAAUGGCAAACUCACUUGGGUGAGCACUACGGCAUAGGCUGGACAAUGGAGAAAACACCAGCGUUGUUAAAUCGUCAUGGGCUCACCACUAUGAUUAACGCAUACCUUAAGGCCGGCAAUAGUCUCUGCUGCCGGAUCUGUCAACGCCAGCUGGGCACGGGACUGGGCUUGUUGCUGCAUAUGGAGAGCUGUGGGGCCAAGCAGCGCGUAGAGUGCGAGAUUUGCAAAAAAUCCUAUAGCAAGCUAUCUUAUCCAGUACACUAUCGAACUUGUCUCGUCAAGCGCACGCAGCUGCAGGAAAAGGCGGACAAAAUGGCUGCAGCUGAGGAAAUGCAGGCGAACGUGACGGUUUUCAGCAACGCGGGACGCGCCAAGCGCAAGUCCACAAUAAAAGCUGAAAACAAGCUGGGGAAGCUAGCUGCCUUAACCGAGCAGGAAACGAAAGCUUUUGAAAGCGAUGCAUCUGAUUAUGAUGCAGCUAAGGAUAAUGAAUCUUCUGAAGAGGAUGGAUCUGAAGGCGUGGACUCUAAUGAGGAUGCGCCUGUGUCUGAGGAAGAUGAACCCAAGGAACGUGGACGCAUUAAAACUAUGUCGAAGCGAAAUAGCUCGAAAAUAAGUGCAGGGGACUUGCGCAAGAGCUUGCUUGGACGCAUUUCUAAACUGGACUUGGUGGUAGCAGAACGUUGGGCAUUUUUCGAGAAAACAAAUUAUUCCAAGCAAGCUUUGUAUGCCCAUUGGAAGCCCCUCUUUACACAACUUUCUGCGCAGCUAUCUAAAGAGUUGCUGCCCUCCAAGGAGUUUAAAUCCAUGCGCUAUGCCUACAAUAAGCUCAAAAACGAUAAUUGGCAACAAUUGGCGCCACUGGAGAGCUUCAAUCAAGCAGAUGAGCACGUUUGCUAUUUGGGCUCUGCCAUCAAGCAGUUGGCUUGGGUGCCGCUGCCCGCUGAAGCGGCAACACAAUAUUUGUUGUGUGCACAGCGUGCCAAGAUGCUCGGCUAUGCGCGUCAGCUUAAACCGAAAUUAGAGGACGCCUUACUCUUGCUGCUCGCCUGCAAUCAACUGUCAAAAGGCAAACAGGAUUGGGCGUUGGAAACGCGCCUGCAUUAUGGCAUACGUGUGCGUGAGGGACCAGUGCAUAGCUUCGCAUUUAUGCCCAGCGGUGGCUUUGAUAAGGCCUUAAAUCGUUUGGCUCUCUUGGCCGUGGCAAAUACUUCGAGUACAGUGCAGAUUUAUGCGCUACCGCUGCAGGUGGAGGACUGUCAUCAAGGUGUGGUUUUGGAAUUGCAAGCGCUAUUAAUGCUCAGCUUGGAUAUAGCAGAGCCAGUGCUGGAUGCCUGCACCAAAAUCUGUUGGUCCGAGGCUGCUGGUCAUAAUUUCUUGGUGACUGGUUAUGCCAGUGGUAAUAUUGCCUUUUGGGAUUUGCUAGAUACCUCUGGACUAAAUGCUCUGGAGCACAACAAUCAGCAGCAUUUGCUGCCCGCCAACUACUUUUACUUUGGCGAGCGCAAUAUAUAUCACUUGGAGCUGCACUAUGACACUAAGGGACCACGUUGGCUAGCUGUUGGCACUUCCGUGCGUAAGCUAUGCGUCUAUGAUAUCAAGAACUGGCUGCAGCCCUUGCCAAUUAUUUCCGAAACUGUAGCCAAUUUCUAUUUGAGCUGCUUGAGUUGGCCAUCUUUGUGGGAAGCUUUCGUAGCUGGCAGCUCUGAAAUAUUUAAAUUGCAAUAUGCGCGUUUGAUUACACUCAACCCCUCCGGCAUUGCCUACACCCAUGGCUUGUUGGAUUUCUCGAUUAGCAGUCCACGAUCACUGCAUUUUAAUUGCCAGCAAACGCUUACGGUGGCUUCCAGCGAUCGUGGUGACGUCAUCUUUACGCAAUCACUGCAAAUCAACUUGGAGAACGCGCUGCGUAAACGUAGCACUAAGGUCCGUACUAUGGGCGCCACCGAACCUGUCUAUUUGAAUGGCAAAGAGCAACCCGAGUCACUUACAGCUGCAGAGUUCAGGCGCGAUUAUGGAUUGCUCCUUCAACCAUUGGCAAAUAUGCCCAAUGGAAGCGGGCCCAAUCAUUUAAGUGCUAAUCGACGUAUCAGCUGCUUCGAUCUGUCGAACUUGCUACGCGUGAAUUGCGUGCGUUGGAAUUGGAACAAACCUGCACGUAACUGGGUCGCUGCAGGAGCUGAGCAUGGACUUUUGCGGAUUUUCAACCUCGAGCCGGACAAACAUUUUGAAUCCAAACUGUCCUGAGACUCGUAUUUUAUUAUUAUUACUUUUACUCCAAUUUUGUUGAAUGCUUGUUGCCUAAUUA